AUGGCUGAGGAGGGAGGUUGGGAUUGGGAAAUUGACCCGCGCGGAGUCGAGGCGAGACGGUGUCCAAGAGGACAAGAGGACGUCCGACGGAGUACGCCAGCUGGACCCCACCGCCAAGACCCAAGACCAUCAGCAGCCACAUCCAAAAGGCUUGCUCGGCCUUGGAAGGAGCUUGAUCGGGGCUUGGCACUGCCUGCCAUUUGCUCGAUCGAAAGAGAUUGCACGUCUGACUGGUGCGCAAAAGUCGUGACUCAGGUACUUUCGGCGGCCGGUGCCGAAGGGCAUGGACUCUCGAGCCCGUUGUUGUUGCAACUUGCAAAUGGUUCGGCUCAACACGCAUCGAACACUUCCAUCUUCUCCACCUGCGUCGGUCAACGAGAGAUUACUGCCAAUUUUGCUUUUCAGAAAACCUGA